CUUGACCGUAUGGUACGUAAGAAGUGCCCAUCAAGCCAAUACAACUCGUGGGAGGUGCUUCAGGAAGCAUGGGGUGAAAUCUCUUCAGAUUACCUCAACAAAUUGGAAACUAGAAUGCCAAAGGUCUGCUAGGCUGUAACUGCUGCAAAUGGAGGAUUCUUUGACAAAAGCCAAGUUUGAAGGACACAAUUAUCAUUUCACUUAAAAAUCAUUAUUUAUAACCUUGUUAACGUCUUGACUAUAUUUCCGAUUCAUGUUGCAACUCAUUUCAUGUGUGUUUUCAUGGAAAACAAGGACAUUUCUAAGUGACCCCAAACUUUUGAACGGUAGUGUAUAUAGUGCAUCAUCAGAGAGGGGGGUCCCAAGUCAUACAGAUUCUGGCCUGUUGCUGUUUUUAACUUUGUUUUUCUUAAAGAAAAUAUAUAAUUUUGUCCCAUCAUUCUUGUUUUUUUGUAAUGAGGCCUAUGUGUAUGUUUCAUAACCAGUAUAAGGUGGUACGGGCUUUCAAAGAGGAAGCACAUAGCCUAUGAAAAGCCAGCAGUCUGCGAGUGGGUUGGAGACUGUCUCAUCCAUGAUCCACCCCAUUGUGUUAUAGCUGAUGUGGCUUACUGAAUUAGUGUUUUCCUACAGCAGGACAUUUUUCUGUCAGCACAAACGUCAAAAACAAAUGUCUCGGCUAUUUCCGCAGAGGAACUUCCAUUCAUCAAAGCAAUGAGAAGAGCAAAGCAUGUUACGGAAUCUGUGCGGUGUGAUUCUACUCAUGAUCCAGAGGGAUACAGAAAGUACACAGGUGAUUGGAGGACGCAGGACUGUGGUACAGGGGGAGGAUGUGGACUUAUCCUGCAGACUGAUAGAGACAACUGAGGACCUCGAACAGAUAACAUGGCAGAAAAGUACUUGGGAAGAAACACAGAAACAUAAUUUUAUGCUGAUUUAUCCCAAUGGGGCUAUUAAGUUUAUUGCACCAAAUGGAUUAAAAGCUAGAGUCCAGUUUAUUGGGAACCCAUCAGAAAACCUUGGAUCUAUUAGAAUAACAGCUGUCAGACUGUUGGAUGAAGGCACCUUCACAUGUAUCUUCAGUGUUUUCCCCAGUGGAGCAUACACUACAGAGAUACCUCUGACUGUGCUUGGUAAGAACUCUUCCUUCACUCUUUGCAUCACUGUUUCUAUGAUUGACAGUGUGGAAAGACUUAAUGUGAUAAUCAAUACUAGAAAGGUAAGAAGUUGGUAGUUUCAUUAUUCAAGUGAAGCAAGAGCAGAGCCCUCAUCUACAGAACCCUCAUAUUCCAUCUUCUCUGCGCUUAGAAAAAAAGGUGCCCAACGGGUUCUUUCCAGAGGGAUAAGAUUCAACCUAUAAACUUUUUUUCUCCUAAGAACCGUUUUUGGAAGAAAUAGUUAUUUGAUGAUUCUGUGGCAGUAAUGAAAUUUUGUCUGUCGGUUAUUGCCAUGCAAAUAAAGAAGGCAUGUCUCAC